AGGAAAUAUCAUGGAGCCAUCAUCGACGAGAAGCAUGCCUCGGGAGGUGCUGACGAAACCAUGACAUACUCUCUUAUGUCACUCAAAACUUUGACAGGCAGAUGUUUGGAUUUAGUCUUUAUCCCUAACGUUCUGAUAGGGACAGGGUACUCUCACCAGUUUGUUUCCCUGCACCAGCCAGCUUUCCGUCUGGUUGCCAAACAAAAAGGAAUGCACAUUCCAACAAAUAAGACUGAAAUUUCAUCUUCUCUGUCACUCCUUGGAUACUUCUCGGAUUUCGGGAACACGAGAAUGUUUAUCCACCGAGCCUGAUGGUGUUACAGAAAGUAUCCGAACUCAACUUUAAUAUACCUCAUAUCCAUCUGUAUAAUUAUGGAAUUAUACUCGAACCUAAGCUUCCAAUGAGCCGGAAUUAGCACCUCAAGGAUCCUGAAAGAAGAAGAACAAGAGCCUUAGCUUUAUUAGCCUCCUUUCUCCUCCUCAUUAUUUCCUUUCGGCCCGAGCAAUCAUAACUAGUACCCCGAGCUUGAGUAAUGGAUAUUGGAGCUCCCCUCCAUGUUUUUUUCCUUCCUUUCAUGGCCUACAGGCAUCUUAUCCCGACAAUGGACAUGGCCAAACUUUUUGCAGCACAAGGAAUGCGUUCCACAGUAUUCACCACUCCUCUCAACGCAGCCUACUUUCCUAGGACAGUAGAACGUUCCAGGUUCUGGGGUAUUGAGAUUGAGAUCCAAACUGUGAAGUUCCCAUCCCUAGAAUUGGGAUUGCCAGAAGGGUGCGAGAACUUCGAUUUUCUGACUUCCAGGAAGACCGCACCAGAAGAAGUUGUGAGCAACUUCUUCGAUGCCCUUGGAAUGCUUCGAGACCCCAUGAGCAAACUCCUUGAAGAGUUCCAACCCAAUUGCCUUGUGGCGGAUAUUUUCUUCCCCUGGACUGUUGAUAUCGCCCCGAGCUCGGAAUUCCUAGGAUUUUAUUUUACGGCACCAGCUGCUUCUCCAUGUGUGCUACUGAACUCCUCAGACUUGAUAAUCCACACAAGAAGGUUUCUUCCAAUUCCGAGGCCUUCACCAUUCCUGAACUUCCUGGCACAUCCAGCUAACAAGGCUACAACUGCGUGAGUUCGUGAGGCAAGAGACAGAAACAAGCUUGACCAGGCUCUUCAAGCAAGCCCUAGAGUCCGAGCUCAAGAGCUACAGAGUAACAGUCAACAGUUUCUAUGAGCUUGAUCAGGCUUAUGCCGAUUAAUUCUGGAAUGUCAUGGGGAGAAAUGCUUGGCAUAUCGGUCCACUCUCUCUCUGCAACAGAAAUACGAAAGAAAAAGGGGAAAGGGGCAAAGAAGCUUCUGUUACCGUGGACCAGUGGCUCGAUGCGAGGAGACCCAAUUCUAUUGUUUAUGUUUGUUUCGGCAGCGUAUCAAAAUUCAGUCCUUCACGACACUUGGAGAUUGCAGAGGGCCUUGAAGCUUCAGAGCAGCAGUUCAUUUGGGUUGUUAGGAAAGCUGAUGAUGAAGAAGAGCAAAACAAAGAGCGGUUGCCGGAAGGGUUUGAAGAGAGGACCCGAAGUCGAGGCCCAUUCAUUAGAGGAUGGUCGCCGCAGCUGCUCAUUCUGUUUGUGACUGAUUGUGGUUGGAACUCGAAGGAGUAACUGCUGGCGUGCCACUGGUGACAUGGCCAGUCUCAGCUGAGCAGUUCUACAACGAAAAGUUGGUUACCCAGGUACUUUAAGAUUGGGAUCGGUGUCGGGGUGAAACACUGAGUUCAUAUCGUGGGGGAUCGAGUGAGCAAGGAUGAUGUGGAGAAGGCAGUGAGGAGGGCCAUGGUGGGUGGGGAGGCAGAGGAAAUGAGAAGCAGGGCAAGAGAGCUUUCAAACAUGGCCAGGCCGUCGAAGAAGGCUGCUCGUCAUCUUCGGAUUUGGAUGUCUUAAUUAGAGAACUAAGGAUGCAUCGGAUAACUCAUGAACUGAGAAGAUGAGUAAUCUCCCAAACGGAUGAUCCGAAUGAUUCCACAUGUGAGAUAUCAUCGCAUUAAUUGCACCGAUUGCUCUCCGAUUAUGGGCAGUGAAGGGGAGAUGAAUGGCACCAGCUCCACCACUUCUAAGAUUCAUAUCUUCUUCUUCCCUUUCAUGACCCCGGGCCAUAUGAUCCCGAUGAUCGACAUGGCCAAGCUCUUCGCCAUGAGAGGAGUCAAGUCGACCCUGCUCGCGACCCCCCAUGACGAGCCGUUGUUUUUUAGGUCCAUUGACAGGACUCAGAAGCUUGGCUUUGACAUCGGUGUCGUCACCAUGAAAUUGCCGCUGCAAGAGGUGGGACUGCCCGAGUACUGCCAGAAUCUCCAUUUGGUUACUUCACCGGACAUGCGCCGCAAGUACCUGAUGGCUGUAAGGAUGCUAGAUAAGCAGUUCGAGAAGUUGGUUGAAGAGCACCAUCCCAACUGCGUGAUCUCUGACAUGUUCCUCCCAUGGACAACUGACAUUGCCCCGAAGUAUGGCAUCCCAAGGCUCAUUUUCCAUGGGACGAGCCACUUCUCGAUGGGGGCAACAGAAUGCGUGAGGCUCUAUAAGCCACACGCGGAUGUCUCGUCUGAUUCUGAAUGUUUCUUGAUCCCGAAUUUUCCGGGGGAGAUCGCAAUGACAAGAGCUCAACUACCAGAUUUUGUGAGGGAAGAAACAGAGUUCACAAAAUUCUACAUUGAAGUGAAAGAAUCGGAGCUCAGAAGCUAUGGAGUUGUCGUGAAUAGUUUCUAUGAGCUCGAACCUGCCUACGCAGAUCAUUAUGGGGAUGUGUUGGGGAGAAGAUCGUGGCGGGUCGGUCCCGUCUCUUUGUGCAAUAAGGAGAUCGAGGACAAGCUGGAGAGAGGUAACAGAGCAACCAUUAACGGGAAGGAUUGCUUGACGUGGCUCGACUCGAAGGAGACCGACUCGGUGGUUUAUAUUUGCUUCGGGAGUAUGACAAAGUUCAAUGCUUCUCAGCUCCAUGAGAUUGCUUUAGGACUCGAGGCCUCUGGCCAGCCAUUUGUUUGGGUGGUGAAGAAGGAUGAAGCUGUUGAGGAAGGAAAAGAGGACUGGCUUCCCCAAGGAUAUGAAGAUAGAAUGCAAGGGAAGGGCCUAAUCAUAAGAGGGUGGGCUCCCCAGGUGCUGAUUCUUGACCACAGGGCAGUCGGGGGAUUUGUGACACACUGUGGGUGGAACUCGACCUUGGAAGGUAUCUCUGCCGGGGUGCCCAUGGUGACGUGGCCGGUGGCGGCAGAGCAGUUCUACAACGAGAAGUUCAUUACUGAGGUGCUGAGGAUCGGGGCUCCUGUGGGAGUGAAGCAGUGGAUGAGACAGGUCGGGGAUAGCGUCAAGAGCGAGCAGGUGGAGAAGGCAGUGAGGAAAGUCAUGGUGGGUGAAGAAGCAGAAGAGAUGAGGGCCCAGGCAAGAGAGCUAUCAAAGAUGGCUAAGAAGGCCGUGGAGGAAGGAGGAUCUUCUCAUUCUGAUCUUAUGGCUUUACUUGAAGAGUUGAAGUCUCCCAAGGUUGCUGGUCACUAGUGAAUAAGCUAAAGGGCAUUGGCCCAAAGUUAAUAGUACAGUGGAGUUAAUGAUAAGUUCUUCGAUCCUACUUUAAAAUAAUGUGGCAAGGAAGAUUCAAUAGAAUUCUUGUAAUUUACAGCAAUUAUGACACUGUGACUAACAUAGUUUGUUUCAUUCUAAUUGGUUUUUUUUUUCUCAUACCAUGUUACGAGAUAAGAUCGCAAAAAAAAAAUUGUAGUUUAUCAUUUGUGAAAUAAAAUCAUUUCCUUUUCUUCUCC